AUGAAGGACAAUGAUAGCAUUUCAAACUCCAACAAGGAGCCAACUGCUGCUACAGAACAUCACGAGAAGUCACCCAACGGUCCAGAGGCAACCCUCUUUGAAGACGUCUCUUAUGGCUCAAGCGGUGUUCACGGACUGCUUGGGUCCCCAUAUGUCACUGGCGCCGCAGCUCUAGCCUCCUUGGGCGGCUUCUCCUUUGGUUACGACCAAGGUGUCAUCUCCAUUAUCAAUGUCAUGCCACAAUUUCACGCAACUAUACCCCAAACCGCCACGCCCUUUGGCACGGGGCUCAUGACUGGCAUGCUGCUGCUCGGCGCCUUCGUCGGAUGUUUGUUCAUGCCAUACUUGGCGGAUAAGCUGUCACGAAAAAGAGCUCUGACACUUGUUGUCGUUAUCUUCAAUAUUGGAGCAAUCAUGCAGACAGCUGCAAAUUCAUAUGGAGUCCUUGUUGCUGGAAGAGCCAUAGGUGGAAUUGGUGUCGGUACACUUGCCAUGGGAGCACCGUUGUACAUCUCGGAGAUAUCGCCGCCUAAUCUUCGUGGAACACUGUUGGUACUUGAAUCGAUUUCAAUCGUCUCAGGUGCUGUUAUUGCUUUUUGGAUUACCUACGGAACCCGCUUCAUUGAUAGCGAUGUCUCUUUCCGCCUUCCAUUUGGGUUGCAAAUGGUCUGCGCAACAUUUCUCGGAGUCGGCAUUCUCUUCUUUCCAUACUCGCCACGCUGGCUCGUCCUCGUAGGUCGGCGAGAAGAAGCCCUUCAAAGCUUGAGCAAGCUGCGAGGUUUACCCCAGGACGAGAGCCGAGUGCAGGCCGAAUACAGGAGCAUCAUUACCGAGGUCGAAUUCCAGACCAUGGUGCAAGAGAAGCGACACCCGGGCAAGAAGGGUGCGGCGCUCGAGUUUGUUCAGUGGAUCGACCUGUUCAAGGGCUGCACGCUGCGCCGGUCGCUCGUUGGAGUUGGUGUCUGCUUCCUGCAACAGUUCAUGGGAGUCAACGCCUUCAUCUACUACGCACCUACCUUGUUCCGCUCCAUCGGCCAGUCGGACGAGAUGUCUCUGGUUUUGUCCGGCAUUUUCAAUAUUCUCCAGCUUGUCACCGUCCUUGUCUGCUUCUUCGUGAUUGAUCGAGUUGGCCGGCGACCAUUAGCAAUCAUAGGAGGCGUGGGGACUUGUGUUUCGUACGUCAUCAUUGCCAUCCUCUCUGGUCUCUACUCGCACGAUUGGGCUGCACAUGCCGGUGCUGGCUGGGCCUGUGUGGCUUUUGCCUUUGCAUUCAUCUUGUUUUUUGGUCUCUCCUACUCCCCCCUCGCCUGGCUGCUCCCUGCCGAGGUCUUCUCGACUGCGAACCGAUCCAAGGGUGUGGCGUUGGCCACUUGUACCAACUGGCUCUCCAAUUUUAUAGUCGGUACUGCGACGCCGCCAAUGAUUGCCGCAAUCGGCUAUGGCACGUACAUCUUUUAUGCUGUCUUUUGCUUGCUGGCUGCCCUUUGGGCUGUUUUCCUACUUCCCGAGACAAAAGGAAAAACGCUUGAGCAAAUGGAUGAGAUAUUUGGAGAUACGGCCAAUCAUGAAGAAGAGGAAUUGAUGCACAUCGCAAUCUCACACGUAGCAUCAACGGUAAACCCAGCACAACACGUCUAA